UUGGCCGUCUUUUUUCUCUCACCAAAUUCCUUGCUUUUGCCGGACUCUCUCUCUCUCUUUGAAUUUCCAGGAAUCGCGUCCUGAGAUCAGUUUAUCGGAAGACUAAUCGUUGUUCCCGAAUCUCGCGUCUGGACAAGGGAAAUGAGAACUGGUUGAGAUAUUGGUGGAGAAGAAUUUGUGUUCAUCAUGGAGCUCUUUUCAUCUUUAGUUACUUUAUGGAGAACCCCUGUUUGUUUACUCUCAAUGCUCUUGCUGCUCAGUAGCAAUGGAGUUGUAUCGAGUUCUGAAUAUUUGAUUGGGCUGGGAAGCUAUGACAUCACUGGCCCAGCGGCUGACGUAAAUAUGAUGGGAUAUGCUAACAUGGAGCAACGAGCAUCUGGUAUUCACUUCAGGCUCCGAGCUCGCACAUUCAUUGUAGCAGAGCCGGAGGGGAAGCGGGUUGUUUUUGUUAAUCUAGAUGCUUGCAUGGCCUCACAGAUCGUUACACUUAAAGUAAUCCAAAGGCUAAGGGCAAGGUAUGGCGAUCUAUACUCGGAGAAGAAUGUUGCCAUAAGCGGUAUUCACACCCACGCUGGUCCAGGGGGUUACCUUCAGUAUGUUGUGUAUAUAGUUACAUCUCUUGGAUUUGUCCGGCAGUCGUUCGAUGCCCUUGUGGAUGGCAUUGAGAACAGCAUCAUACAAGCUCAUGAAAACCUCCGUCCUGGAUCAAUUCUUGUCAAUAAAGGUGAAUUGUUGGAUGCUGGUGUCAACCGCAGCCCAAGUGCACACCUUAAUAAUCCUGCUGAAGAAAGGAGCAAAUACAAAUACGAUGUUGAUAAAGAAAUGACUCUCUUGAAGUUUGUUGAUGAUCAGUGGGGUUCAGUAGGUAGCUUCAAUUGGUUUGCAACUCACGGAACUUCCAUGUCUCGUACAAACUCUUUGAUUAGUGGGGACAACAAGGGUGCUGCAGCAAGGUUAAUGGAAGACUGGUUUGAACAGAAUUCUCGUGGAGGAUCAUAUUCCGCAGAGUUUGACUCAGAUGAAAUACCUAGAAGAGUUUCUAGCAUAAUUGGAUAUCAUCAACGUAAGCAUCAUGAGUUGCUAGAGCUUGCCUCUUCGUUCAAGUCAAAGCCCGGUAGGCCUGCUACUAGACUUUCAAGCUCUGCGAGGCGGGUCCGGAAUGUGUCUGCUUUUUGUCAGACGAACUGUGGUGAUGUUAGCCCAAACGUGCUUGGAGCCUUUUGCAUAGACACUGGUCUCUCGUGUGAUUUCAAUCACAGCACAUGUGGCGGGAAAAAUGAGCUAUGCUAUGGGCGUGGACCGGGUUAUCCUGAUGAAUUUGAGAGUACGCGUAUAAUUGGUGAGAGACAAUUCAAAAGGGCUCUGGAUCUUUUCAACAAGGCAUCCGAGCAGCUACGUGGAAAAGUUGAUUAUCGCCAUGUUUACGUCGACUUUUCCCAGCUUGAGGUGACUCUUAAAGAAAAUGGAGGUGGUUCAGAAGUGGUGAAAACAUGCCCUGCUGCAAUGGGCUUUGCUUUUGCCGCUGGAACCACAGAUGGACCCGGAGCAUUUGAUUUUAGACAAGGAGAUUCUCAGGGAAACCCUUUCUGGAAGACAGUGAGAAACCUCCUUAAAACGCCGGGCAUGAUACAAAAUAAUUGUCACUACCCGAAACCGAUCUUGCUUGACACUGGAGAAAUGACCAAACCAUAUGACUGGGCGCCUUCGAUUCUUCCACUGCAAAUUCUCCGUGUUGGACAGCUUUUCAUUCUCAGUGUUCCUGGAGAAUUCACAACGAUGGCUGGAAGGCGUCUCCGAGAUGCAGUGAAGACACAGCUAAAAAGCAGCGGGAAUGAAGAGUUUAGCGGCGAGAUUCACGUUGUUAUAGCUGGCUUGGCUAAUGCCUACUCGCAGUAUGUGACCACUUUUGAGGAGUACCAAGUGCAAAGAUACGAAGGCGCAUCCACGUUAUAUGGUCCACAUACACUCAGUGGCUACAUUCAAGAGUUCAAGAAACUCACCGAGUUACUUGUCCUUGAUAAGCCGGUUGAAUCAGGGCCUCAACCUCCGGAUCUCCUAGACAAGCAACUGAGCUUCCUCACACCAGUCGUUAUGGACACAGUCCCUAUCGGAGUCAGUUUUGGAGACAUAAUCUCGGAUGUGCCUGAAAACUCGUCCUUCAUAAGGGGAAAAGACAAGGUGACAGUUGUGUUCUGGUCAGCUUGCCCAAGAAACGAUUUACUGACAGAAGGUACAUUCGUGCUGGUGGAGAAACUAGAUGGCAAUGACAAGACAUGGACCCCUGUUUAUGACGACGAUGAUCUUUGUCUUAGGUUCACAUGGUCGAGGCCGGCAAGGCUGAGUUCCCGUAGUCAGGGAACGGUAGAAUGGAGAAUACCCGAGACAACGUCGGCCGGAGUUUACAGGAUCACCCAUUUCGGGGCUGCGAAGAAGCUCUUUGGAUCUGUCCACCAUUUCACCGGUUCCUCAAGUGCCUUUGUUGUAAUAUAAAUAAACCAAAACAGUACAUGUAAUACUUGUUCUGUCGAACACACUCUCUGCUUAGCACAGAAGCUUCAGUGUGUCUGAUGCCAAGAAACUAAUGUUUCACAAUGUAAUAUAAUCUAAUAUAGAGUUUUUUUUUUGUAUA